AUGGUUGCUCUUAAUCUUUUCCAUGAACCUACCUUUACGGAAAAGCUUUCGAAAAUUUCGUCGCUUUGGGAGUUGACUGCUCUCCUUGCUGCCAUGGCUGCGUUCGCGUCCCGCUUCUUCGACCACACAUCGGACACCUCAACCAGCGAUGGAGAUGGAUCCCAAAUCCCACAGACAAUCCAUCAGCCCGCAUACUUUCUUGACCAUGCUUUCAACUACAUCAACAAGGCCGUGACUGAAUGCGAAGAUGAGGUACCUCCUCUUUGCGUCAUCCAGGCUCUUAUCAUUGCAACACACUGUCAAUUGACCCGAGGGGUCCGCGGAAAGGCCUGGCGGUCUUUAGGACUCUGUGCGAGUCUCGUAUACGAAGCAAAUUUGCAUGUUCUUGAUUCAGAAGCGAUCGCAACACCAGAUCCUCAGCAGUGGCAACUAGAAGAAGAAAAACGUCGUGCGUUCUGGGCUAUCUGGGAAAUGGAUGUUUUUGCCAGUACUAUCCGUCGGACACCCACCGCUAUCAACUGGAACCAAAUGGCCGUUCUACUACCUGCUGAUAACGCUAAUUGGUUCUCUGGAAACCCAACUUCAAGCUGCUUCAUGGAAACUGAUCCUAAUCAACGCUGGAAAACACUACAGGAAAGUGGCAACCAGUCAGCAAAGGCGUGGUUCCUCGUAAUCAACUCUCUAAUGAAGACAGCUCAAACAACGGCUAACCCCCGAGGAAUAGCUGAGGCAUGCAAAUCUGGCCACUCAUGGCUCGGUCAUCGUGUCUCAACGCCAAAAUCAAUCAGAGACACCCGCCAAAACCUAGAGACCUUGGCGAACGCGGUGCGCUGUUUUAGCCUCGCACUGCCUGACCGUCUCCUCUACCGAGACCAAUAUCUAGCCUUUGAUGCUCCGGUUCACCGGAAGGUAGAAUCCCAGCGACAGCGGGAUUGCGACAUAUACAAUAUCUUCGUGAUGAUGCAACUUGCUCGGCUGAUGAUAUAUCGGUAUGACGCAUUCUCACCUCAAAGUCGUCGCUCCGAAAUCAAUGGUCGUGACGGCGCUAGAGACUCAGCUAGUCGGGCUGCGUCUAAUGAUACCGAAAACGUUGCAUUGCAACAGUACUACGACGCAGCCGAUCGCAUCUUGAAGAUAGUCAGACAGAGCUGUGAAGAGCACAUCAAGCAUAUCAACCCAUUUCUCUCUAGCACUAUCUGGCUUGCCGCAGCGGUCCAGUUGGUCCGCAAGCACUUUACUCGCCCUUCUUCAAAUACGAGCCUAAUCAAGUCGCGUUUUGAUGUUCUUUAUUUGACAUACAAGCGGUGUACGCUUUUUUGGGACACCCAGACUGCCCUCCAGCGAAAUCUGGAGUCUCUUGAAGAACAACUAGAAGCCAGACAGAGACUACCACAUAUACGAAGUCGCCAACAUUCCCCAAAUGCCACGAAGAGGACAGUGGGCGAGUUGGAGGCGAAUAGCCAGUCCUCGGAGCAACAAGGUGACCAAGCCAAGCGCCAUAAAAAGACACAAGGGGCACACACACCACUGUCCAGCACGCAGCAAAGCCGUGCUGCUGAUUUGCCCACUACAGCAAAUUCCAACGACGUUUCAACGCAGUACCUGCCCGAAAGCCCAAUCAGUCCUGUGGAUUUCCCGCUGUUGGCGCAUGAAAGAAUGCACAUAUCAGCCGACAACUAUAUAAGACAACCCUUUACAGCGCUAGAGAGCACAGAAAUUAUGGACCCGAUGACCCUUGCUCAGCCUGGGAGAGACAACAUCACAGAGACCUAUAUGAUGCCCGCCAAUUCUGAUUUUCUUGAUUCGAUGGAUCUGGGAAAUACUUACGACGAUCAGGCUCUCGAAUGGGAGCGACUUGAUUUUCCGGCUAGGAUACAUGAUAUUUUUGCUGGAUGGACGUCAUAUUAA